AUCCAACUACUCUGUUUCCUAUACCCUUUUACACUUCUGGCGCGAAAAAUUGGGAGACAAAAAGUCUCUUUUUGUUUCUUUUAGGGUUUAUUAUUAACCCACCUAUGACACUUCCGUAUUGAGCGAAGAAAUAAAAAGAAGAGGGAGAAACAGAGAGCAGGGAGAAAACAGAGCAAACACAGCAUGGAGAUUGAAAUCAGUGGCUCUUCUUCCCCAAUCUCAUGUGAGGUUUUGGGCAUUGAAGAUAAUUAUGCAAGAGAUGAUUGCGAAUCUCGUCGUAAGUUGGAGUUUAAAGAUGAUGAUGACUUCUUUAACACGGAUGUUCCUAUCAAAGAGGAAGGUGAGCAAGAUGUUUUGCUUAACUCAUUAGAUGCAACAAGUGAUAUAAAUUUGCUUCACUCCCAAAUUCCCCAUGAGGCAAUUCCAAAACUUGACAUGAAAUUUAAGACAGAAGAGGCAGCUUAUGAAUUUUAUAAUGCUUAUGCGUACAAAGUUGGUUUUAGUGUGCGUAGAAGUAAAGAGUAUAAAGAUAAGAGCGGGAUGUUAGUGACUCUGAUAUUUUGUUGCUCUUGCGAAGGCAAACGGGGGAAAGAUAAACGAGAUAGUAUUAUAAAAUCUCAUCGCCCUGAGACGAGAUUUGGUUGUUUGGCACAGAAGAAAAUCAAAUAUUGUCGACAAACCAAACAAUAUUAUGUUGCUGAAUUUAAUCCUGUGCAUAAUCACGCAGUCUGUACUCCAAGUAAGACUCAUUUACACAAGUCUCAUAGGAAGCUUAGUGUUGCCCAAGCAGUUGAAUUAGAUAUGGGAAAUGACUAUGGGAUAGGUCCAAAGGCAACAGUUGAGUUUAUGGCUAGACAAGCUGGUGGGCGAGAGAAUCUUGGAUUUAUUCCUCAAGAUUAUAAAAAUUACUUGCGUUCCAAGCGAACUGUGCAAAUGAAGAGAGGCGAUACCGGUGGUGUUUUGGAGUAUUUGCAAAAAAUGCAACUAGAAGAUCCUAAUUUCUUUUAUGCCAUACAAGUAGAUGAAGAUGAUUUGAUAACAAAUAUUUUUUGGGCUGAUGCGAAGAUGAUGGCAGAUUAUGCUCACUUUGGGGAUGUGGUUAGUUUUGAUACGACGUAUAGGAAGAACAAAGAUGGCCGACCUUUUGCAAUGUUCGUUGGGGUGAACCAUCAUAAGCAAACCGUUGUUUUUGGCGCUGCAUUAUUGUAUUCCGAGUCUGCUGAUUCUUUUAUAUGGUUGUUUGAUAUUUUUGCCAAGGCUAUGGGUGGAAAGACACCGAAAACUAUACUUACGGAUCAAGAUGCAGCAAUGGCAAAAGCAUUAGCGGCUCAAUGGCCAGAAACAAUUCACCGCUUGUGCAUUUGGCACAUUUAUCAAAAUGCGGCUUCAAAACUUAGUGGUGCAUUUGCAAGAUUCAAAGAUUUUUCAAAAGAUUUUAGUGAGUGCAUAUACGAUUAUGAAGAUGAGGAUGAAUUUAUCAAUGCUUGGAAUGCGAUGCUUGAAAGGUAUAAUCUCCAAGAUAAUGAUUGGUUGAAGCGAAUGUUUAACCAAAAGGAGAAAUGGGCAUUGGUUUAUGGGAGACAGACUUUUUGCGCUGAUAUGACUACCACCCAACGCAGUGAGAGCAUGAACAGUGUGCUUAAAAGAUAUGCCAGCUACAAACAUGAUUUGUUGCAGUUUUUCCACCAUUUUCAAAGGUUAGUUGAUGAUCGCCGCUAUGAAGAACUAAAAGCUGAUUUUAGAGCAACUCAAAGUACUCCAUCUUUGUCCUUUCCGGUAGAAAUGUUGAAGCAUGCAGCAAGUAUGUACACCCCAGAUGUGUUUGUAUUGUUUCAGAGGGAGCUAAGCAAGGCUCAUGAUUGCAACUUGAAAAAAUUUGGUGAGAGUGGAACAGUAACUAAAUAUGAUGUUAGUCCUUAUGGCAAGGAUGAUCAACACCAUCUUGUUACAUUCGACUCAUCAGCAGAUAUGGUGUUGUGUAGCUGUAAGAAAUUUGAGUUUGUAGGAUUAUUAUGUUCACAUGCGCUUAAAGUUCUUUGCCAUAACAAUGUUAUGAGAAUUCCGGAGAAAUACAUAUUGAAAAGGUGGACAAAGAAUGCAAAAUCAGGGAGUACAGGUACUUGUGCACGGACAAGCUUGAUCGAAGAUCCAAAGGCAAUGAUGGGAAGAUGAUACAAAGAGUUGUGCCGCUUGUGUACCCAAUUAGCAACAAGAGCUGCUGAAACAGAGGAAGCUUAUAAUAUUGCUAUGGAUUGUCUUAAAAAAAUUGCGGAAGA